AUGCGUUUCAACGACAAUCGUUGGGCCAGAGCAGUAAGUGAUUGGAUGCCAUGCGACAUCAAAUACACCCGCCGACUCGAUGGUCAAACCUCCUCACGAAGUCCUUCAAAGAAAAGUACGACGCUCUUCGAGUUCCUGGCGAGAAGAGAUGCCACUGGGCAAAACUUGCGCGCGAUGGGGAUAAAUGGGAGUCUUACUGGUGCCCGCUCGAGCGAAUCGAUGAACAACGUAAGCACAGGUGAUACAGGUGUUUUAUUAUUAUUAUUAUUAUUAUUAUUAUUAUUAUUAUUAUUAUUAUUAUUAUUAUUAUUAUUCAUCGGGCACAGUAUUACUCUUUUCGACGAAUGCUCAAGGUUCAACUUCGUUGUCACAAAGCAGUUAAUUCGCAAUAAAAAGUACGAGCACUACUGUCCAAAGCCAAACUAUGCCCAUUCGGUAAGGAAUGCGAUUGUAUUUUGUAUUUGUAUUAAAGAACAUUCAAAUGGGAUGAGACAAUCGAAUUCAACAAUUCCUCUCGGAGCUCGUCGUAGACAGUAUCUUGAAAAUGCUACUUUCUGUAUUGCAACCACGAUACAGUCAUUGGAACCCAAAAUUGUGGCUCGUAGAACUUUGGUAGUUCUUUCAUAA